AUGGAGAACGAGAAGGGAGAAAUCGUCGAUCUCUACGUCCCCCGCAAAUGCAGCGCCACCAACCGCAUCAUCAAGGCCAAGGACCACGCGAGCGUGCAGAUCUCGGUCGGCAAGGUGGACGAGAACGGCCGCUACACGGGCGAGAACCAGGUGUAUGCUUUGUGCGGGUUCGUGCGGAGCCGAGCCGAGAGCGAUGACAGUCUGAACCGCCUGGCGCAGAAGGACGGGUUCUUGAAGAGCGUGUGGAGUGCGCAGCCUACGAGAUAG